AAUUCGCUGAUUCAUUUAGCUAAUGCACAAAUAAACACCUCACCAGCGUCAUUUGUUAGAAAUCGUUAUAAAUAGCAGAAGACGUUACGCAGAUGAUAAAAAAACUUAAAACAGAAGACGAAAGCAGGAGUUUUAAAGAAACAUAGUCACAAAUUGGAGAGAAGCUUUUAUGCGAAAAAAACAAUGAAGUCUUGUGGCAUUUUCUUGGUAUGUUGUGUUUUGUUGACAAGAGCUGUUGCUAUGAGCGACGAAGAACGAAAGAGUGAGCAUAAUAGAUUUUUGGAGUUAAUGGGAAUCAAGCAGCGUGUUGUAGGAGGUACAAUUACAAGAAAUGGACAAUUUCCAUGGAUGGUGUUCAUCCAUGCCAAUCACAAGUUUCAUAACGACACUCAUACAAGUAAUCUCUGUGGGGGAUCACUUAUACAUCCCAGAUGGGUGCUAACAGCAGCUCAUUGUCUCCCGUUCGGUGAACGUACAACUCGCGUCGUGGUGCAUAUCGGGAAGAAAUCACCAGUUUCGUUAAACGCGGGAAGAACGCAAUGGAAACCGGAGAAAUAUCGAAUACGAACAAUAUUUAUUCAUCCUUCUUACAAAGGAAGUGGAUUCAGCGGUGGUGACUUAGCUUUGUUGUACCUUCCAAGAGCUUCAUCACAUCCGACUGUCCGUAUCGCGAUCCCACCUGUGGACAACAAGUGGUACGCUAAUGGUGUACAAGCAACAGUGGCUGGAUGGGGUUCCACAUCACCUCGGGAAACGCAGCAAGUAUCGACGUAUUUACAACACGCGAAAUUAAAGAUCGUCAGCCACAAAAAAUGCAACCGUGCCACAUCGUUUAAUGGAUCUGUUUUAAAAGACAUGUUUUGCGCAGCAGCCACAGGAAAGGAUGCAUGUUACUCGGAUAGUGGUGGCCCAUUGAUGGUGAAAGAUAGUUGCAACAAUGAGUGGAUUUUGAUAGGCGUGGUAUCAUGGGGGAAAAGCUGUGCACAUAAACAGUAUCCAGGUGUAUAUGUGAAGCUAACACAUUACUCAGAUUGGAUUUAUGAUCACUUAGAUCCAGGCAGACAACGAAGAUAUUUUGCAGAACAGUGUUGUUGUAAAAGGGAGAGUAACAGCGUGAUUGAUAAUGCAUUGAGAACGCGUUUUAAGAAAAGGAAAGCUAGAAAGAAUGGCGAGGGAAAAAUUGUUAGUGAAUUUCCAAAAACUUCGACUACACGUGGUGUGAUAGACAUCAAAGUUCCGGAGGUGAUUCGCGGACCACGCGGACCAGAAGGCAAACAAGGUGAAAGAGGAUUACCUGGAAAGCCAGGAUCGCCAGGAAGCAAGGGUGAAAAAGGAAGUCCAGGACCACGAGGAAGAGUUGGCGCAGUUGGAAGACCUGGGUUACCCGGAAUUCCAGGAAAAUUGAAAGGAAGUGAUGGAAAUCUGUAUCCAACGUUGCAAGAAAUGAGAAGAAUCGCAGAAGAAAUGAAAACACUACGUGCAGAAAUGAACAUGGUUAUCAAACAAGCCAGACUGGGCAAAACGCCCGAAUACGCUGCGAGAACAUGCCAGGAUAUCAUGCGAUCAAACACUGGAAUUAUCAACUCCGGGCGAUUCUGGUUAAGUCCAGAGCAAUAUGACGACACCGCGUUCAUUGGUUAUUGCAAUAUGGACAUUAUGGAUGGAGGCUGGACACUAGCUUACAGUUUUAUGUUAUCAGACGGAAAACAUACAAUAUCAACUACCAGCAACUUAGUUCCCAUUCCUACGUGGAAGAAAGAAGACACAAGAAAAGCGUCGAACACUCCACCGCAAUAUGCAGGUAAUUUUGGUGCCAUUGAUUACAGGUUAUGGAGAUUUCUCGGUCGAGAAAUUCUACUUAAAUCUACUUACGAUAACUGGUUACAUUGCAAACCCGUGCAUAAAAACGUGGAGAUCUUUCCCGAUUUGAAUAAAAUGAAAAAUAACACAUCUAUUGAAAUGACAUGUAAAUAUAUAAAUGACGUCAGAAAUAAAUGUAAGGCCGUGCCACCUAAAAUAUUAACAUGGACGAGUGACGGCCCGACCAUGACGCAGGAUAAUAUUUUCGGUUGGACUGUACGCAACUCAUGUAAUGAUGUUACGGGACAUAAAAGAUAUACUUCAAAACCACAUGUUUUGGUAUUUAUCAAGUAACUAGUGUUCAUUUGGCGAUGAAAGAAAUAUAUACAUAUCCAGUCUACGGUUAAAAGAAUUUGGUUUUGCCGAAAUAAAUCUUGAUGACUGACUGAACAACUUACCGGAAAGGCACACAGCUAAAACAAAACAUAUUUUUAUAUGAGAAAUAAAGAACUCGGUUAAAUUAUUUAAAAUAAAAGCCCGUAUUUCUUUUACACUUUUUCGAUGGUUAUGGAAGAUAACACGGACACAGUUUGAAUUUUUUUUGUAGAAAUCGUCUUCAGAAGACUGGUACUUAAUCAAGCGCUAUUUAUUCAUUUUUACCCUAUUACCACGCAAUAGGGCGUUAUGCCUUUAAACAGACAACAAAAAGAUUUUGUUUAAAUUUCUCAUUCUCGUUUAUUGCGCCCUUAUACGGGGUAAAAGGGUACCUAGGAAUGACAUCAAAACAUAAGAUUAUUUUUUUUUGAUUGUAAAUAUAUUUUAUAUACUAGAUAGCUAUAAAUAUUUUAUAUGAUGUCUUAUUUAACCCGUCUGUAAAGAUCUUUAGAAAAAAACUGAAAA